ACAGUGUCCAGAUCUUAAUUCUGAUCUAAAGCAUUUAACAUAUUUCAUAAUUAUAAACAUGGAGUUAACUGCAGAAGAGAACUAGUUUUUAAAAUAAAUUUGACAGACGCGGGAGACCAGACACUGGUGUUUAUGACUUAAUCAGAUCAUAGAACACGUUUUAUAAUAAUAUUGGAAGAAUAUAUCAUUUGACCAAGUGAAAGAGACUGAUUGAACUGUGGGACUGAUACUAGUAUCAAAUAAAUAGAUUACCAUGGCGUCCUCUUUAACCACACCUACGAUCACACUGGAGGCCUGUCCCAUCGUACAACAGCCGAUUUCUAUAGCCAAUCAGGACCUCAACAAUGUGUCGCUGGACAGUGAUUAUUCUGAUGCAGAGGAAGACCUAUCAAUGACUACAAAACAGGCGGAGAGAAGGACAGCGUUACGCAGACCGCUAUUUUUCAGAAGAUCAAAGUUGUCAAAACCGUCAAGUAUAGAGGGUGAGGAGGAAGACGAAGAUGACAGGGUAUUGAGUGGAAAAUCCUCGCCCAAGAUUGACUUCCUGGCAGGGACAUGUAAAGCCGCAGAGCAGGCAGAGGAGUUUGUGAAAAAAGUUUGGGCGGGGGCGUGGCGAGUCGUACAUCACCACUCCCUCCCAGACUGGCUAAAAGACAAUGACUUUCUACACACUGGCCACAGACCCCCCACCAACUCCUUCAUACAGUGCUUUAAGUCUAUAUUCAGGAUACAUACAGAGACAGGCAAUAUAUGGACACAUUUACUUGGUAUGAUCGCGUUUAUUGGUGUGGCUGGGUACUUCAUGACGAGGCCGUCCAUUGAGGUACAAUGGCAGGAGAAGGCUGUGUUCUCUGCAUUUUUUGUGGGUGCUAUUUUGUGUUUGGGAUUCUCCUGGCUGUUCCACACAGUGUACUGUCAUUCUGAGAGAGUCGGCAGGCUCUUUAACAAGCUCGACUACUGUGGGAUUGCUCUGCUGACGAUGGGAUCCUUUGUACCCUGGCUAUACUAUAGUUUCUACUGUGACCUGGGACCAAAAAUUGCCUACCUAGUACUAAUAUUUGUUUUGGGCACUUCUUGCAUCGUUGUGUCGUUGUGGGACAAAUUUGCCCAGCCUCAGUACCGUGCAGUCCGAGCAGGUGUUUUUAUAGCCCUUGGCCUUAGUGGUGUCAUCCCAGCUCUGCAUUACGUCAUCAUUGAAGGUUUUUACAAUGCCAUCAACUUUGCUGCCCUUGGAUGGCUAGUCCUCAUGGCCUUCCUCUACAUUGCGGGUGCAGUCAUAUAUGCUGUAAGGAUCCCAGAAAGACUCUUUCCUGGCAAAUUUGAUAUUUGGUUUCAGAGCCACCAGAUUUUCCAUGUAUUUGUCCUGGCAGCAGCAUUUGUACAUUUCCACGGAAUAUCCAAAAUUGCCACUUACAGACUGACCCUUGGUGACUGCCUGGCUACGGAGUUACAGUGAUGACCUUACUCUCCAAUGACCUGUCCGAUCUCUAUGGCUGCACUCAAUGAUCUGAUUCAUGCUCUAUUAUACUGACCACUGGACUGCGUACCAAUUAUUGAUAGUUGGUUUUCUUUUGGAGCAACAUGACCGGUGAACUACUCGGACCAGUCAGUUUAGAGCACAAUGGAGCACAUUGACUGGUCAAACAUUAUGACUGGUUGGUUUGGAGCAUCUGAAUCGGUCAAACAUUUGCAUCCGUCAGUUUGGAGGAAGUUACUGUGAUCUGUUCAUUGUUGAGAUCAGUCAGCUAAGUGGAUGGCCGUUUGGAUGGUAAGCGAGGACCUGUUGGACCUGUCAGUAUAUCAGAAGAUAGGAUUGUUCACUGAAGUGUGUUUUGCACGAAAAGUUUGUAGAGUUUAUAAUGACUUGUCAGGUUUGCUCCCAUUUGUAUGCGACACCUCCUUAGAUGUUUGUCAUGUCUGAAACACUGAAAGACAGUCUGAUAAUUAGAACAUUUCAAUAUUUAUAUGUACUUAUUAUUUAGCAAUGGAAAAUGAAACUUCCGGUUAUUGUUAAAAUGGCAUUACCGACACCUGUACAUAAAGGAGGCUCCGGGGACCAAAGGUGUGUACUUACAGUUUUAUAGACUCUGGGUUAUCCUUUAUACUCAGGCUAACAGUUUUAUAGACUCUGGGUUAUCCUUUAUACUCAGGCUAACAACAGGAGUUUAACCCGAGCACUUCAACAAUUAAUUCCCUUCCAUUCUAAAGCCAUGUUGGUUUUACAAAAGAAACAGUUUCGAAAAUAUGAUAUCCCGAUUCAACUGUCGUACAGUGCUCUCGUAUAAAAGUGGGGGAAAUGUGGAUGUGAUAAAUUGAAAAACAGAAAUACUGAAAGACGGUUUGGACAUGAACGUUUUUAUAAACUGUGUACAGAAGAGUGUUUAAUGACUAAGGUAAUAUACUGUUGUUACAUUGUGAUCAGUCCCAGGUUUCCGUUUGAGAGACCAAUAGAAAGGUGUUUAUAUGAAGCACAGGAACUGUAUACAUAUGCAUAUAUAUUUAUAUUGUAUCUAUUUGUAGACUAGAGAAUAUUAUACAAGUAGCCAUGAGUCGCCUACAAACGUAGGACAUGUUAGUGUGUGUACCUCACCUUUACAUAUAUGUACAUAUAGUGGGUGGCUACCAUACUACACAUACCUGUGACUUAAAACAGCAUUGUACAGACUAACAGGUCAUAAGGCGCUGUGUAUGGGUUACAUGCCCCUGUGUCAUUUACAGUGGUAUUGAUAUACCAGACUGAUGUGCUGAUUGCUGGUACAAAAAUGUAAGAAGUGCUCUGAUUGGACAUUUGAUUUUGAGAAAUGAUCAGAGAUUAUUGAAGAGAAAUUUUAACAUAUCAUUGACUUUGUGUGAAUGGUUAUCUAACUUUGAGGACAGCUGAUUUCCAUCAUAACAGUAUGUGAAAAUGAUUGAAUUUGUUGAUGAUGCACAUCAAAAAUAAAUUUCUGUGAUAUAACGAAAAUUAUUCAAAUGAACGUGAUAUAUUGACAAAAUUGAUAUACAAGAAUUUAUUUCUACUGACAAUGUAAAUAUAGACCCAGUCGUAACAUACCUAGUUUGAAUUGGUUAUGAAGGAAGUACACGUUUAUGGAAACAGAAGUUGCCAAAAUUGAAUCUUGUACAUAACGAAUUAUUAUUCUGAUUAAAACAGGAUCUUAAUUUACUACAAUACUUUUCAGUAUCAUUGUAAAUUUAGAUCUGGCUUUAAUCAGAUUCACAUAAUGAAUGGAUGGAGUAAAUUGUUGAUUUUGAAUGUGAGAAAAUGAUUUUGGGUGUUUUUGAUUUAUAAAUGCCCCAGUGUGUCCGCUGCAUUGCACUAAUAAUUGUUUAUGUUUAUGUACACUUGGCAGGUACCAUGUGUUACAACUGUUUUGAGGGAAAAGAGUUAAGAUAAUUAAUGUUGACUUAUGCGGUAUGUUGUGUAAUUAUGUUAUAAACAGAAUUUUUGUACUGUAUACUGCUUAAAAUUUGCAUGUGUAAAGCCAUCGCUCAGUUCUUGUGUUAAGGACCCUUGUACCACUACAAAAUCUGUAACGAAGUGUUGGAAAUAGUUUUUUUCUGGGAUGAAUAUAACUUUUAUGAGAAAUGAUGAAGAUUAAGUAAGCAAAAUAUAAUAAACAACCGCAUUCUGAAUGUGAAUAUAAAUAGCUGGGCUCGACCUGGAACCCUGGACCCUGGAUUUCAGAUUUAUAUACUACGGCUCUAAUCGACUGAGCUACGUGGUCAACAGAAGUGUCCUUGCCCAUCUGUGCUACAGUUAUAUCUAAACGGAAGUUAUAAGGGGAGGUUACUGUAUAUAGGUAACCCACAAUGCAGUGGGACAGGCAUCCUUAAUGAACUUUUAAAGCCAGAAAAUAUGGUGAAAGGUGAAACUAGAAUAUUGUACUAAUAUUGUACUAAAUAGUGUUAUUUUGAGUUAGAGACACAGCUAACAGGAAGCCUUACAAGUGUUCCUUUUAGAUAAAUGUAUGAGUGAUUGACACUGUAAAUUUUAAGCACUUUACAGAACAUACAAGGUAGAGGUGAUUGUUUUUUUAUGACCAGACAUGGUCAAUUAUAUGUCUUUCAUGCCCCAAUAUUCCUGUAGUCUACAGACAAUAACUGAGCACCACAUUAAUGUUCUAGAAUACACUGUUAUACCAGUGCUAGUAGUGGAUCCACAUUUCCACAAGUGCAUGCAUUAGUGUAGAUUGUACUUGCCUUUACAUAUAGAUGACUCUGAGUCUCUCCUUUCCUUUUAAAACAAUCUCACUGCUCAUUUUCAACCUCCGUAAUUACAACAUCGAUGAAACCAUCUUUCAAUUGUGUACAUAUUAACUUUUAGUGAUAAUGAUAAUGACAACAACAACAAAAACACAAAAUGUAUAUAUAGAUAUUCUAUAUUCGGCUUAGCACAUGUACACAGGGAUGUUACCAACUCUCUACUGAGAGUGUAUUCCCUCAAACAGACGAAGAAAAAAAAUGUUAAGUUUGUACUGUAACUUUUUUUGCUUAUUUUAUGUAUCAAAAAUGAAAACAUAAUAUGUCUGCCUUUACUGGCAUGAAGCUUAAGCUUGGUCCAUUUGACUGGGAAAAAAAAUCUUCUGUGUAUUUCCUCAUUACCAGACCCUUUUCACUAUUCUAGACUCCAGUCAAACCUGUCUUAGUCACUACCUUUACAUAUUAACCCUUUCACCCCUAUGUAACUUUAGUAGACUCUACUAUGCGUUGAUCUGGGUGAGUCCAUUAUGGUCUACAGUGAUGAAAGGGUUAGCCACCGGGCCAUUGUUGACCACAUUACCUUACUUGCCAACUUUUUGAAAUUUCCAUGUGGGAGAUUGUGCAUGCUCAAAAUUAAAAUCAUAAAUACAAUCUGUAUAUACUCCCUAGAGACAAAAUAAUCCUUUAAAUUGACAUUUUUUGAGCAGUUCUUUUAGAUGAAAUCAUUAAAUCUUAUAAUAUAGGUAUACUUUAGCAAGUUCAUAGGUUGGAAAUACUGUAUACAUGUACCAGGAAAGUUUCGCUGACAAAUAUCGGUCCUUCACUGGCAAAAUAACUUUCGUGCAGUCUUACUUUCACCUUCACAUGUAAUUACUAUAUAGGAUAUGUAUACUAAUAUCCGCUGUCAUAAACAAUUUGCACUCAUUGCGUACAGCAAAAUAGGCGAAAGUUAAACUGCAAUGAAAAUUAGCCGCUAUCCAGUACUUAAUUUAAGGCUCCAAAAUUGGGAGAGUUGGCAAGCAUGCCUAACAUCAUGGCUAUCAUCACCAGCGACUGGUGGUUCUCGUUCAAAUAUUGAGCCUUCAAAAUUGCAAAAAAAUAGAUUUACCUCCCUUAGAACAUAAGAAAUUGCAGGUAGACAUUAUUUUUGAUAUUAGCUUGUGAUUUUGAACAUGUCUAUAAAGGCUUUAUUGCCCGUCUCUCUUGAACGGUCCCUCUUGAUGGGUUUGAUUGAUACAAACAGGUUCACUCAUUUACUUCAACUUCAGAUAAAGAAUGUGUGAUUUUAUGGUAAAAAUGAUUUGUAUUAUAAUGAACUGGCACUGGUAUUAUAGAUAUUAAUGUCCUGUUAUUUACUUCUGAUUGAAGUUUUAUUUUUUGUAUCAUUGAAUUGAUUAAACAUAGAAUUGAACAUGAUUAAACAAUCUGUUGUGACAUCCAUAUUGUACAGUACUUAAUUUUCACAGUAGUUAUACAUUCUCUAUAUUCCAAGCAUCGAGAAGUUUGUAAAAUAUGAACCUCACAAAUUAGCCCUUUAAUAGCAAUUUGGUUCAGUUGUACCAACUAGUAAAAUUAUUACGUAAAAUUUAAACACCAUAAAUUUCUUCCAAGAAUAAGACGAAAAAACUGACCUCAUGAAAUUAUUUAACCGUACAUUAUCUUUUUAUAGACCAAAAUAUGCUUCUUACUAUAUAUUUAAUAUCAGUUAUCAUUGGUGAUUAUUUGAACACAGUUUGUUAUGAUAAAUUGUUUGUUUGUUAAUUUGUUUUAUUUAUAUUUUUUCCUAUGUAUACAUGUAUGUUCUUUAUUUUUCUAGUUUAACAUUUUAGUGACAAUUAUAAGACACAAUAUCAACAUGCGUUGACAAUUAUGUCUGGUAGGUGUCUAACAAAAUUCACAAAAGUAAAGAAAACAUAUUUGAUCACUAGCUGGUCAGCUCAACAGCUGGAUAAAUGAAUUCAAAGUACUAGGAAAUAAUAUGUAAAUUAAUAUUAACCUGGUUAUAGUCAUUGUAGAUCAACUAAAACAUGUCUAUUAGUAGUGUAUAACUCCCUGUGGCAUGGACAGGAUCCAGAAACAUACCUCAUGUACAUACGUAACAAAACCUCGAAAUAUUUCUACAGAUACUGUUCAAAGUUCUUCAAGAUUUGUUUAUAAUUGUUCUUGAUGGCAUCAUCUCGUGGUAAUUUGCAAUGGGAAAAACACUGUAAUACAUGUAUAUUUAAGUUUUAAGUUUUAAUUUCUAUUUGACCAAGUAAUAUUUAUAGUGACAUCCACGUUGAAUUUGAUCACAGGUGUACGCCAUCAUAAACAGGAUGUCAUCAUGCAUUUUGGGUUUACAUACAUUUAACAGAUUAAGGAAUAAACCAAGAUAGAGGUUAAGUACAGUGGCUACAAUAAACCAACAUAGAGGUUAAGUACAGUGGCUACAAUAAUGAACCAGUCGGUCUUGGUUAGACAUUCUUUAGGUACACACUUGAAUUAGUGAAGUGUCAGGCCCCUGUGCGCUUAUGUAGCAGAGCAGCUCACAUUUGCUUUUGUUUAGCCUAACAGCCUUCAGCGCUUGUGUAAACUGUCAGACCUCUGCAUGCACAGUAGAACUGUCAAGCUUAAUAUGCAUAGAUCUAUAUUUUGAAGCAGCAUGCCCCUUACUGAUAAACUAAAGUAUAAAGGGCAUGUGUAACAGUAAAAUAUUGGGCCCCUGUGAUUCAAGAUACUAUGUGUAAAGGGCCCCUGUGAUUUUGGAUUUUAAAUCUAUGCAGACUAAAUAGAAGAUGUGAGCUGAUAAACUCAAUGAGGACAAUGAAAUAUCAAAAAAAAAAUCUGUUUUAUCAAACUUCAGAGAUAAAGUGCUGUGUAUUCCAAGUUGAUUUAACUGACAGUUAAAUUUGAAAAAUUACAAGAAAAAAAAUAUUUUUUCCUAUGUCUGUUUGAUAAUUGUUGACAAGAUCAAUUUCAGUGUAUUUCUUUUGUUAAAUUUAUUAAUUUUGUUUGGGAUUUUUUUCUAUGUUUAUAUAUGUGUUGCUAAUAUUUGCAGUUAAUAUAUGAGUUUGAAAGUUCUGAAUUUUAAGAAAAAAAACUGUAAAAUGUGAGAGAAAACUGAUGUUUGGUGAAGAUCUGAUACCCAUUCCAAUAAUGUAUGUUACUACAAAUUGAAAUUAAAAAACUGACAUGUCUUACAGA